AUGAUGAACAUUAAUGGUACAGAGUCUUGGCUUUUCAUCAACACUUCCUUUAAUACACCUCAAAUAUCGGGUCCAGCAAACACAAGUGGUAUGGAAAGAUAUCUUCAAAGACUGGCACAUUUAGAUGAGGGGCUCUACAAUGACUUCUAUGGCCUUUGGAUUGCACUGGUGGUCAUAAACUCCCUUAUUUUCCUGGUGGGCAUGGUGCUCAACAUAGUUGCACUUUAUGUUUUCUGUUUCCGCACCAAGCAAAAGACCACCUCAGUCAUCUACACCAUCAACCUGGCCGUGAGUGACCUCUUGGUGAAUCUCUCUCUACCGACUCGCAUCCUGCUCUACUACAGUGGAGGAGCUUGCAUCACCUGCUCAUAUCUGCACAUCUUCAGCUACUUUGUCAACAUGUACUGCAGCAUCCUGUUUCUAACCUGCAUAUGCGUCGACCGGUACCUUGCCAUUGUGCAGGCUGAAGCCUCUCGUCGUUGGAGGAACUCCAGUGUGGCCAAAUGUGUUUGCAUUUCUGUAUGGCUGUUUGCCAUUGUGGUUACCUACUCCUUUCUUUCCACCGCUUUUCAGCACACAGGCUGCUGUCUCUCAAAGCUCCUCUUUCUCACCAUCUUUGAGUUCUUUCUACCACUUGUCAUCAUUGUGGUCUUCACUUUGCGCAUUAUGUGGGCUUUAACAGACCGUCGUCUGAUGCAACAGAGCAGGGAUAGGAGAAGGAGAGCUGUCCAGCUGUUGACAACUGUGCUGAUCAUCUUCACAGUCUGUUUCACACCCUUUCAUGUUAGACAGGUGGUGGUAUACUUCUACCCUGACAUGCCUCACCAUGUGAUAGUGUACCAUCUAACUGUCACCCUCAGCAGUUUGAAUAGCUGUAUGGAUCCUGUUGUCUACUGUUUUGUUACAAAUAAUUUCCAGGCCACUAUGAGACAUCUUUUCCGCCGCGCGGAGCCCAAGCAGACCAGUGGUGACGUUGUCAGUAUGCAGCACAGCUCUAAAGCCUCAGCAGGGACGGACAACGCCAUAACUAAUAAUGUUAUAUUGAUGACCAAGAUUCUCAGAUCACUGCAGAGCAGCAACACAGGAAAGGACCGCACACUAUAAAAUAUUUUACAAAGGGUGCAUAAAACUAAAAGUUAUAGGGAUGGCACAGUUAAAGUUCUGAGUUCUGCAACUUGCUGACCACCAGAACUCAACACAGACACUCAGUGCUGCCAU